UCUCUGGGUUUUCUUUUUGUUUACACUUUCCGGAUUUUCUCAAUUCGAACCUUCGAAACAAAAAAGCUUUAAUCAAAUCCUUUACUCACGCCAUGGAAAUUGGAACCGAUGCUCCGAAGGGACAAGAAUCGAAGCAGAUCAGAGACGAAGAACUAUUCAAAGCUGCGGAAUCUGGUGAUUCUUCGUUGUUCAUGUCAUUAUCUCCUCAACAGCUUAAAAAAUCUCUGAGUUUCAGAAACGAAGACGGUCGCUCUCUCCUCCAUGUCUCAGCUUCGUUUGGCCAUUCUGAGGUAGUGAAGCUGUUAUCAAGUGGAGAUGAUGACUCAAAUAAUGUAAUCAACAGCAAGGAUGAUGAAGGCUGGGCUCCUCUACAUUCUGCUUCCAGCAUCGGCAAUGCUAAGCUCGUUGAACUGUUAUUGACUAGAGGUGCUGAUGUCAAUGCCAAAAACAACGGUGGUCGUACUGCUCUUCACUAUGCAGCUAGCAAAGGAUGGUUGGAAAUCGCUCGGCUUUUACUAACACACGGCGCAAAGAUUAACAUCAAAGACAAGGUUGGUUGCACUCCUCUUCACAGGGCAGCAAGCACGGGUAAGUCUGAACUUUGUGAAUUCCUGAUCGAAGAAGGAGCAGAGAUCGAUGCUACUGAUAAAAUGGGCCAAACUCCACUCAUGCAUUCAGUGAUCUGCGAUGACAGACAGGUUGCGUUUCUGCUUGUAAGGCAUGGUGCAGAUGUCGAUGUAGAAGACAAAGAAGGCUACACUGUUCUAGGCCGAGCUUCCAGCGAUUUCCGACCAGCACUAAUCGAGGCUGCCAAGGCUAUGUUUGAAGGAUAAAUUUACUUUUGAUUUACUCGAAAACAUACACUAACUUUGAGAGUCUGAUUAGUUAAACUCUUUGUUCUUUCUAUAUCAGGAAACAGUAGAACAUGAUAGAGAGGAUGUUCUUUAUUUGUUCAACUUUGCAAGAUGUUUAUGCUUUUAUUUCCGAAAAAAAUGUUUAUGAAAUCAUGUUCUUCUCU